AUGACGAACGCGAAGCAAGGCGGAGACCUGUAUGACAUGGCCAAGGACGGCACCAAGGUUCCGGGCAAUGCCGGAAAACAAAACAUAAUCACCUCGGUUCCAAACCCUCACCAGAAGGACGGAGAGGCCGGCGGCGGGCUGGGAUCGACCACCUUGCACGGGGCCGCAGACAACGCCACACUUGCGGCUGACGAAGGAAGACCUACCGGCGUCGGUGAGGGGAUCACGGGCACGGGAAACGAGAUUCCGCAGUCGACCGCAGGCAAGCCGGGCGGUCGAGGGGGAACACAUGGGUCUGAGGAUAUCCGGGCAGCUAGCGGAGGAUUUGCAACGAAGAACCGACGAUCUGACGACGAAGUUUGA